GUGUCUGUCUGUGUGUGUGUGUGUGUGUGUGUGUGUGUGUACGUAUGUGUCUCCCUUGUGGGAUGCUCCCUUCCCAAAACAAUAUAAAAGCUUUAUCAGAGGCUUUGGCCAACUGUGCUCUGACCUGCCUCCCUCCCUAUCACUUGUCUCUCUCUCUCUCUUUCUCUGACUCCCCGUCCAUCCUACCCCAGCUCAAGCGGGAGGCUUCAGUCACCCUCCAUCAGCAGCAGCAACAGCAGCAGCAUCACCAGCACCAUGGCCCCAAAGAAAGUGGAGGUCAAGAAGCCUGAGCCCAAAAAGCCCGAGCCAAAGAAGGAGGCGGCUGCCCCGGCCAAACCGGCCCCGACUCCAGCACCGGAGCCAGAGGUACCCAAGGAGCCCGACUUCGACCCCAAGAGCAUCACCGUGGAGUACACGGCUGACCAGAUCGAAGAGUUCAAGGAGGCCUUCCAGCUGUUUGACCGUACGCCCGCCGGCGAGAUGAAGAUCACCUUCGCACAGUGUGGUGACGUCAUGCGGGCCCUGGGUCAGAACCCCACCAACGCCGACGUGCUGAAGGUUCUGGGCAAGCCACGGCCGGAGGAGAUGAGCAGCAAGAUGGUGGACUUCGAGACCUUCCUGCCCAUGCUGCAGCACAUCUCACGAUCCAAGGACAAGGGCAACUUCGAGGACUUUGUGGAGGGCCUGCGCGUCUUCGACAAGGAGGGCAACGGCACCAUCAUGGGGGCUGAGCUCCGUCACGUGCUGGCCACCCUCGGUGAGAGGAUGACGGAGGACGAGGUCGACAGGCUGAUGGCAGGGCAGGAGGACGCUAACGGCUGCAUCAACUACUCCUCUUUCGUCAAGCACAUCCUGUCUGGGUGAGAUGGACUUGUACACAGGAAAAAAGGACAAAACAAGUUGUGGGUUUUGAAUUAAUCUGAUCUCAGUUCUUAACUGGGCACAACAAUAUUGGCACAUCUUAAUUUCUGUGAAACAGGAGCAUGGCCUCCGUGUGCACAUGUAAUAUCGCACAAAUUGUAAUAAAUAAGAUCAUCAACCGUGAAA